AUGCAGUCCGGAGCAUCCCCAAUUUGGCAUACAUGUCGACAAGGGCGGUGCGUACGUAGAUGUCGAUGUCAAGGCCCCUCCGGGAAGCCUCACGGUGGACCGAUGCACCCACCGCCACGUCGCCGGCCGCGGUGCAUGCCCGGAGCACCAACGGAAAGGUGUACUUGUCGGGCUCGACUCCCCGGCUAA